UUUUAAACCAAUAAUCAAAGAAACUUGGUAUUAAUAAGUACGUCAUAUGCUAUAGAUUCUUUAAAAACUAAGUAGUUCCCGCAUCGAUACUUAACUCGUAUAUGUUGGUAGUCAUACAACCUUGGGAUUGGUUAACAACAGAAUUUGCUGGGGUUCCGGCAACGCAGUUUCCGACUCUCUUUCGUUGUCGGCAAGAUGGGUAUUUCCCGCGAUCACUGGCAUAAACGCCGGGCAACAGGCGGCAAAAGGAAGCCCCUUAGAAAGAAGAGGAAGUUCGAGUUAGGUCGCCCAGCUGCUAAUACUAAGCUUGGAGCCAGACGCAUCCAUACUGUGAGAACACGGGGUGGAAAUAAAAAAUAUCGAGCGCUUCGUUUGGAUCAAGGAAACUUCGCAUGGGGAUCAGAAGGAGUUGCACGGAAGACUCGUAUUAUUGAUGUAGUCUAUAAUGCAUCCAACAAUGAGUUGGUGAGAACCAAGACUCUGGUGAAAAAUGCUAUUGUUGUCAUUGAUGCCGUUCCCUUCCGACAAUGGUAUGAGGCACAUUAUGCUCUACCUCUGGGUCGCAAGAAGACUGCCAAGUUGACGGAAGAAGAGGAGGAAGUUUUAAAUAAGAAGAGAUCCAAGAAAGCUGAAAAGAAGUAUAAGACUCGUCAGAAGACAGCAAAGGUUGAACCUGCCUUAGAAGAGCAAUUCCAGGCAUCGAGAAUUCUAGCUUGCAUUUCCAGUCGACCAGGACAGUGUGGGAGAGCAGAUGGAUACAUCCUAGAAGGGAAAGAACUGGAGUUUUACAUGCGUAAAAUCAAGGCGAAGAAGGGCAAAUAGGCUAAUGUUAUUGAUUAUGUAAAAAAGAGAUUCUGCUGACAUUAAAAUGUGUUAGCACUCAGCACAAUUGUUUUCAUUUCCCCAGUUUCCUCAAUUCCUCUUCAUAUUCUUACGGAAAACUGAAAAAUUAGUUCCUUUUAAUAAUAAUAUUUAAAGAGAAGUAUUUACUUCAUGUAUGGUAAGUCCUGACAUUGUGGUUACACUUCCAAAUUAAUUAGAUUGUUAUUAUAUUGUUAAUUACAAGUGCUGAUUCCUGAAGAAGAUCCUUGUAAGUAUUUUGGAUUAAAUAUAAUAGCUAACUAGUUAGUGCACAAGUGUGUUAACAUGUGAAUAGUCUACUGAUGGUUAUUUUGGAAAAUCCUUUUAUUGAAAGGUUCUGUUUUCAUUCAUCAGGCUCUGCACUGCAGGACACCAGAUUGUUGACAGAAGUUGGAUUAUGAGAAGUCUCAUCUCCACAUGCUUGGAAAUGGAGCUAACAGCAUGUCCAUAUCAAGAUUGCAACAGUGACAUUUUAACAGGUUUGUAAAUUUUCCUUCCAAGAUGUCCAUUGAAGGCAUGUCUACAAUAUCCUUAGGGGUAAGUUACAAGCAUUUUAUUUGCAUACCAUUAUCUUCAUUUUUUGUAAUAUUAUUGGUGAUUUCAUUUCUUUCACAUAAGUUCUUUGUAAUCAGCAAGUACCAUGUCUAUCCAACUGUAACACCUAAUGUACACAGUGAUAUUUUCUGUUCACAUAAAAAAUAUAUUUGUAUGUAAUUUUUUUAAAAUUUAUCAUGGUACACGGUAUAAUCAAGUGUUAAAAAAUAGUAUAAAAUAAAAAUGUCCCAUUUUCAUUGAAUUUUUUUGCAAACCAAUCAUGUUUCACCAUUACUGAUAAAAGGAGUGCAACUGGGGAGAGAACAGUGAAGCAAAGUAACAAACUACACCAUUUCCUAAUUCAUUUUGUUUGACCUACAGAUGGUCCAACAAUUUUAAUUAUAACCAAAAUGCACACUGUUCGAGGCAAGAGUCUGUUAUUUGCAAGUGUGAACCAGUUACUAAUUGUUUAUUAGUCUUCAUUAAAAUGGAGUUAAAGAUCCUGUAUAUUUUCAACAGGGACAGUACAUUGAUGUUCUGCUGGACCGCUUGAGGUUGAUGAGAAUCCAGAUGUCUUAUCAUGGAAUGUCUGGAAAAGCAGCUAAAGUGACCAUACCAGUGUUGUCAACAAUAAUUUGAAAAAAGGUACUUGCACUGGUUAGGAGAUUUUCUGCUGGGCGGCUAAAAAAUUGAGGCAUUUCGUUACAUAGCGCACUCGAGAAGCUGAUACAGGUGAUCGUAGGAAGAGCCAAUGCAAUAACUAUCUAGGAAUAUUUCUGAAAAAUUUAUUUGAUAAAGAAAAUGGUAUGGAUUUCUAAAAUAAUAAACAUAAGUUAAAAGUAUUUUUGUGAUGAAAUGUAAAUUUAUCCAUAAAAUUCAUGUUGGCUGAAAUUUCACCUCUAACGUACUGAUUAUUGUUCGAUAUAGGUUACCUUUGCUUACAUAUAGUGAGUGUACUAAUAUUUAACCUUUGUCCUUUUUAGGUUAUGUCAUAGGAAGAGCCAUUGCAAUUAUGAUACAGAAAUAUUUCUGAAGCCUUCAUUUGAUAGAAAAAAAUGAUUAUGAAGUUGAACCAAUUACAUCCUGACUGUAAGGAUGUUUGACAUCAAAUGGAAAUUUACUUCAGUAGAAGACUCUUUAUUUGUGAUUAAGGAACUUAACAAAUUAGUCAAUAAACAAAAUAGAAAAUUAAAAA